CCUUCGGGGCCGGGGUCGCAGCCCCUCCCCUGGGGCGGUGGUCCAGUGACGUCACUGCCUCCUUAAGACCCCCGCCUCCGUCCGGGUCCCAGCACUCCACAGGCUCCAGCGAAUCCCUCAGGGCACCUUCUCAGCCGCACUCCUCCUCGCCAUGGCCUCGGCUGGUCUGCAGAUCCUGGGGAUCAUCCUGACGCUGCUCGGCUGGGUGAACGCCCUGGUGUCCUGCACCCUGCCCCUGUGGAAGGUGACCGCCUUCAUCGGCAACAGCAUCGUGGUGGCCCAGGUGGUGUGGGAGGGGCUGUGGAUGUCCUGCGUGGUGCAGAGCACCGGCCAGAUGCAGUGCAAGGUGUACGACUCGCUGCUGGCGCUGCCCCAGGACCUGCAGGCGGCCCGUGCUCUCUGUGUCGUCGCCCUCCUGCUGGCCCUGCUCGGCCUGCUGGUCUACCUCGCCGGGGCCAAGUGCACCACCUGCGUGGAGGACAAGGACUCCAAGGCCCGCCUGGUGCUCGCCUCCGGGGUCGUCUUCAUCCUCUCGGGGGUCCUGGUCCUCAUCCCCGUCUGCUGGACGGCUCACGCCGUCAUCCGCGACUUCUACAACCCCCUGGUGGCCGAGGCCCAGAAGCGGGAGCUGGGGGCCUCUCUGUACCUGGGCUGGGCGGCCUCGGGCCUUUUGUUGCUGGGUGGGGGGCUGCUGUGCUGCACGUGCCCCUCUGGGGGGUCCCAGCGCUCCAACCAUUACAUGGCCCGCUACUCGGCGUCCGCCCCCCACAGCACCUCCCGGGGGCCCUCCGAGUACCCCACCAAAAAUUAUGUCUGAGGAGGGUGGGCGACAGGGGGUCCCUUGAUGGCAGAGCCACCCAAGAGAUGGUGAUCUUUGGGGUUUUUGGGUUUUUCUUUUUUUAAUCUUUUGUGUUUGCUACUUUGCUGUUUUAAAUUUUUCUUUAAUCCAUUGGAUACCUGAACCCAGAUGACUCAGUUUUCCCACCCUGGGUUCUGCUCCUGGCAUGUCUCACCUUUGGAUGAUGCAGCCAAAGAGGUGAUGUUUUGGAGUUUCUAGAUCUUCUUCAGCCCAUCCUCUAAACCCUGGAAAAUGGAGCCCUUGGAUAUGUCCUUAUCUUGGAGGCAAAAACCUGAAAAACCUGGAGCUGUGGGCCCCGUGUGAAAGUCUGCUUUCGUUAGCAACAAAAUGCCUGUCCCCAAGAGAAGCUGCUGCUGCUGGAGGAGCUUCCCUGGACUUGCAGGAGCACCCGAUCCCCGGUCAGGCCUCUUAGCAUCCGGAGGAGCAGCAGAUGAGUUACCAAAGAGCCCCCACCUCCACGGCUCAGACCUGGCUCCUACAUCCCGGUACCACGCUCCCUCCUGGAGUCCCAGUUGUGUGGCAGACCCCUGACCCUUUUGCCUCCAGCCCCCCGCACGCCUCUGCCCAUAGCCCGCCCCGUG